UGGUGGGAGUGGGGGCGGGGCGGAGCCUUCCGAGCCGUCCCGCCUGUGUCCCCCAGGGUAGAGUUCAUUUUAGGAGAGAUUCCGGGGUUCCCUGUUAAAGUAGGACCUCUGUCCCGAUUAGGUCCGACUCUGUCCUCUGUACCCACUGUGGUCCCCUCACGGUAAGACGACAGAUGGUCUAGUCCAGCGGAGACACUCCCCCUGCGCAGGGAGACCGGCGGAGAGCGAAGGGCAAGACCGCGCACGCAUGCGCAGAGGCGCAGCUUGGGGGCGGGAGCCGCUAAGCCCCUUCCCAAGGCUGUGAAGGCCAUCACUGGGAAGAUUAUGAACAUGACAUAUGUGACAAUGGCUCAAAUCUUAAGGUCUCAUCUGAUAAAUGUUCCAGUGAUAUCUAAUAGACAGAAAAUGCUCCCAUAUCUUGGUGUCAUUAGACACAGAGCAGUGUCAACUCAUAUAUCCAAAAAGAAGAUGCGAGAAUAUUAUAGGCUGCUAAAUCUGGAUGAAGGUUGCUCUGCGGAUGAUGUCAGGGAAUCUUUUCAUAAGCUUGUCAAGCAAUACCAUCCGGACAGUGGCUCUGAUACUGCGGAUUCGGCAACAUUUGUAAGGAUCGAAGAAGCUUAUCGGAAGGUGUUUUCCCACGUGCUAGAACAAACAAAUGCCCGACAGAAUAAAGUUGAAGAAGCAGAGGAAGAAGAAGACAAAUUCAAAUACAAAACACCCCAACACCGGCAUUAUUUAAGUUUUGAAGGUAUUGGUUUUGGAACUCCGAGUCAACGAGAGAAGCAGUAUAGGCAGUUUCGAGCUGACCGUGCAACUGAGCAAGUCAUGGAGUAUCAGAAGCAGAAGCUACAAAGCCAGUAUUUCGUGGACAGUUUAAUUGUUAAAGAUGUGAGGCAGAGUAAAGAACAAAAGAUAACUCAGGCUAUAGAGCGUUUAGUAGAGGAUCUCAUUCAGGAGUCAAUGGCCAAAGGAGACUUUGAUAACCUCAGUGGGAAGGGAAAACCUCUAAAAAAAUUUUCUGGCUGUUCAUAUAUUGAUCCCAUGACUCACAACCUGAACAGAAUACUGAUAGAUAAUGGAUAUCAACCAGAAUGGAUCCUAAUGCAAAAGGAAAUAAAGGAUACCAUUAAUCAACUCAGAGAGGCGAUCUUAGCAUCCAGGAAAAAACUUGGGAACCCCAUGACACCAACUGAACAGAAACAGUGGACCCAAGUUUGUGAGCAGUUUCAAGAAAACAUCAGAAAACUAAACAAGCGAAUUAAUGAUUUUAAUUUGAUUGUUCCCCUCCUGACCUGGCAAAAAGUCCAUUUUGAUGCACAGAAAGAAAUUGCCAGAGCCCAGGAAGUAUAUGAGAGCCUUGUAAGAGCAGAAGAAGUCACAAAUAAAAACCCAAACAACAUUGAUCGGGGAGAAAGGGAGAAAACACCUGAAGUCAAGACAGGUUUUUUUAACUGGAUGAAUGUGUGGAAAUUUAUUAAAACAUGACCACUUAAAUAUUCACAGUACUGCCUCAAACCAUUUUCGGUUGUACUGAUGUCACUCUUAGAAGCUGAGAUAUACUGUGGUAACACAAGUGAUGAGAACUCUGAAUCUCUGUACUUUUUUCAAAACUAAUCACAUCUCCAGGGAUGCGUGAGGGAGAAAGCUGUAAGAAACCGAGCUUGAGACAUGUUUGACCAGCUUUGCUCUGAGGACGUUGCAGGAAAAGAAGGGAACUUCUAGGAAAAAAAACCCAUUCUGGAGUAUAGAUGUCAGUCAUGGGUGAAAUGAAUUAGGACAAGGACUCAGAAGGGGAGUCAUAUAAAGGGCAUUCCAGAAAGUCUUGGUGCAGUUUUCAGCUCUAAUAACUCAAAAGACAGUUGGCUGUUGCCAUCUUCAAACAUAGUUACUGCAGCAAACAACUAUAACAAGCAAGCCUUAAAAAGUAUUAUCAGAAGUCACAAAACUAAGGAAUGGACUGUAGGCAAGCAAACUUUCAAAUGAUGAAUGUCUUUUUGCAAGCUUGCUACAUACAUACCCCUGAGUUAUUAAAGCUUACAAUUGUUCUAAGACUUUCAGGACAUUCUUUAUGCGGGUGGAAAUGUUAUAAUCAGGAAAUUAGCCUAAUGGAUUUAUUGCACUCUUCUUUUUUUUAUAAACCGUCUUUGUGGAAACUGAAUCAAAACAAAACAAAACAAAAAACCACGAAAUACCCGAGUUGUACUUUUUCUUGCCUAACUUCAUUAUGUUAGCUGUACAAAUCCAUCAGCCAAGCUUGUUGAUAUAGCUGUUCUAGAAGUAGAUUCUAGUGGCCACUUUUAAAGAGUUUGGGUAUAUUUUCUGCAUCUUUGGAGGUAAAAGAAAAAAAAAAAAACUCCUUGGGCUCAGUGGAAACUUGAGGUUUCAUUUCUGGCUUCAUCGCUAAGUCUACCUGAAGCCUUUCUGUGUCAUGUUACAGAUUCCCCAGGGGCUUUUUCUGUAUGAAAAUCUCGGUGUAGGGAUCCAAUUUCUGGUCUAAGGAACUCUUUCAUGAAUGAAAAGGUGUCUGAAUUUUGCUCCAGUUUGCACUUUUGGCAAAUGACUAGAGAUUGACAUUCGUGAGAUUGUUGUGUUCCAUCCACUUUCAAAAAAAUCUGACUUUUUUAAGUUUGUGUAAUUGCGUUAGCCACAGAGUUGGGCUACUA